AUGCAGCUUAUGACCGUUCUUUCGUGCGCUUUGCGUAUAUGGGCUCCUACUUGGUGCCAAGGACCAAUUCCCCUCCAGUUGGAUGAUGCCAAGCAAACAUCACCAGCCCGGCAGUUUGUCCGCUUCGAGUUACACAUCACCUCUGGGAAGGUGGACGUAAUCGGUGUGGGCCCAAGAGAUGCCAUUCUCGUCAAUGGGACGUUCGUAGGCCCCACACUGCGGCUCAGUCAGGGAGAUGAUGUCGAGUUCUUGGUGCGGAAUUAUCUACGAGAAGACACCACGAUGCAUUUUCAUGGCAUAGAGCAACGGACGACGCCAUGGAGUGACGGCGUUCCUGGGCUUACGCAGCGCCAAAUCCAUGCCGGAGCCUCUUUUCUCUACCGAUGGACGGCAGAGGAGGCCGGGACCUUCUUUUAUCACGCCCAUUCCAAGGGCCAGCUGAUGGAUGGCCUCUAUGGCGCAAUCAUCGUAGACGCAUCGCCCGAAGCUAAGAGACCAUUCCAUCUCAUCAGCCGUGAUGAAUCUGAGGAACAAGCCAUGCGCGCGGCCGAGUCGAGAAAUCAGCCACUGCUACUUGCCGACUGGAGCCAGUACAAGUUUGACGACUUUUACCACAUCGAAACAACGGCAAACUUCGACUUGGCCUGCACCGAUGCCAUAAUCGUCAACGGACUCGGAUCUCAAUACUGCUUGGACCAGACCACGUUGGACAACAUGACCAAUCCCGUCAUCCUCAAGAUGCUGAAAGACCUCGGUGAGAACCACAUGACAGCAAAAGGCUGCGUGCCACCGAUUCAAGCGCUGCAGGGAGACUAUGACAUAGAUUUUGGGAAGCUCCCGCCGCAUGCUGUAAGGGAGUGCGUUGGGGGAAGAAACCCCAAAGGCAACUUCACUUUCAGUGUCGAUGAGGAACUGGGCUGGGCGGCCCUGACUUUUGUCAACGUUGGCGGCCUCUACCCAUUGCAAGUUUCUAUCGACAACCACGAACUUCACAUCUACGCAGUGGACGGGCAGUACAUUCACCCAGUAGUUGCUGAUCGCGUGUACGUCGGCAACGGAAACCGGGUGUCAGUCUUGGUGAAGCUUGACCAGGAACCUGCGCGGUACACUAUCGGAAUAGCCAAUGGCCUUUUGAACCAAAUCCUCGGGGGCUUUGCAGAGAUGACGUAUGGCGAUGCUGCCUACCAACCGCGUCACCAAAAGCCAAAGAUGAAUUACGCGGGCCAGCCCCUGAUCGACCAAAUCCGCUCAUUCAGACCAGAAGAAGGCCGGCCGUAUCCUGAACAGCGACCGGCUAGGCGACCUCAACGGACAGUCAAGCUGGUUUUGAGAAAGCCUGGUCGCCCUCAUGGUGCGUACGAGUGGAGUCUUUCUGGCCAUGAGCUGUACAACUUAACGGCAGAAGAACUGGAUCCGCCCAUGCUCUUCCAGGUGCCUGCCAAAGCACCCGAUAGCGAGCUGGUGAUUCUUUCACCAGUUGGUGACUGGGUAGACAUGAUCUUGGAGACCGAGGGACCGUUUGCUCAAAGUCACCCCAUUCACAAGCAUGGGAACAAGGUGUUCUUUCUUGGUUCUGGGAUCGGGAGGUUUCCGUGGAGCAGUGUAGAAGAAGCUGAACGAAGCCUUCCGGCGGGGUCGUUCAACUUCGAGAACCCAGCUCAUCUCGACACGUUUACCACACCUGACAUUGCCGGUAACGCACCUGCUGUCUGGACAGUCGUGAGAUAUCAGGUUACAAAUCCGGGUGCUUGGCUUCUGCACUGUCAUGUGCAGACUCACCAGGCUGGAGGAAUGGGUAUUGUCUUGAUGGACGGCAUUGACCAGUUUCCGAAGGUCCCACUGGAGUACCGCGAAUGGAACGGGUUCUCUCCGCCCUCGUAG